AUACGGCUAGUAACUUUGGGUUCUUCUUGUCUGCGUUCUUGUUGGUUGUUGAUGCCGCUGGUGUCCAGUAAUCUGUGGUGGGCCUUAGGACGUUGAUUCGACGAAACUGGCGAGAGUGAUACGCUUUUGGGUGGGAAGAUGACAAGAAGACUGACAAUUUCAUGGCUAAGCACAUUGAUGUGCUUCUUUUCAAGUCACGGUGCAGAAGAUCCUUGUGUGGCAAUGUUAACAUGUGACACAUGCAUCAGUGCAUCCCCACUUUGCAGCUGGUGCCAGGCAGAGGACUUUAGUGGGAAAGCAAGAUGUCGUUUGACUUCUUCAUUGUCGCAAAUAUCCUCAUCAUGUUUAGACGUUACUGUGGCAGCUAGCUCAGUGAUCAUAACAAAGAACCAACCAUUGUCAGAUGAGUUUCAGGUGUCACCACAGGAAGUAACAGUUCAACUACGACCAGGUUUUCCUGUGGAAAUAGAAGUGUCUGUAAUGUCGCCUCAGAACUAUCCUGUUGACUUAUACUUGUUGGUGGACAUUUCGUUUACAAUGCUCGAUGACUUGAGAAACAUUGAAACACUUGCAACUUCGAUAAUUGAUGGUUUGAAAAGUCGAUCAGAAAAUCUUCGUUUUGGCUUUGGCAGCUUCAUUGACAAGCCUAUUCUUCCUUACACUAAAGGAAAAAAUUUGGAGGUAGGUCAUAUAAAGUGCAAAGAUAAGGUGAAUUGUCCAGCACCUCUUCCAUACUCUUUUGUCAACAACUUGCCUUUAACUGAUGAUCCAACAGAACUUGUGGAAACGUUAAAGUACAUCAACAUUUCAGGCAAUUUUGAUGAUUUAGAGGGUGGUUUUGAUGCACUGCUGCAAGCUAUUGUUUGCAAAAACGAGAUUGGCUGGAGAGAUAAAGCUCAUCACUUACUUGUGUUAGUGACUGACAGCAUUUCUCAACAUACUGCUGGAGAUGGAAAGUUAGCUGGAAUAGUAAAACCACAUGAUGGAAAUUGUCAUCUUAGUGGAUCAGGACAUGGUGGCAUAUACACAGAAUCAUUAAAUUUGGACUAUCCAUCUGUAGGAUUGUUACGUGAAAAGAUACAAGAAAAUGAUAUACUGGUUAUUUACACCACAUUAAAAGAAUACAUUAAAAAUCAUGAGAUGAUGUCGAAUGCAAUGCCUGGAGUAGUCAUUGAGACGUUAGAGAAAAAUUCAUCUAAUAUAGUACAACUCAUUCACCAAACUUACGAUCAAAUUGUUUCUACUAUUGUGCCUACAUUGCCUCAUGUGGAAGGAUUGACUGUGCAAGUUGCAUCUCAUUGCAAUGGAAAUGGAGUGGAGAAGAAUGGCAUGGAGUGUCACAACGUCCCAUUAGGAAGAGAGGUCAAAUUCUCCAUUCGUCUUACAGCCACAGACUGCAGUCUAAUUGAUAAACUGCCAAGUUCAUUUGUGAAACUUCAAUUUGUUGGAUUCGGAACUGUGUACAUCAACGUGACUUCUGCAUGUCGUUGUGCAUGUUCUGACUAUCCAUCUCCAAAUGCAAGUGACUGCCAUUCUGGAAUGUUGGUUUGUGGUCAGUGUCAGUGUCCACCCGGAAGAUUUGGUGAAUACUGCAACUGCACAGAGUUUGACAGGAUAGAUGUCUCCGACUGCAGGUUGAUAGAUGGUGACACUCUCUGCUCCGGGCAUGGCACUUGUGUUUGUCAAACAUGCUUGUGUGACGAGGGUUAUGAAGGCAAAUUUUGUCAGUGCAACAAAGCUGCGUGUCAACAAGAUGAGUUUGGCAAAAUAUGUGGUGGAUUUAGUCAAGGAGAAUGUAUAUGCAGCGACGUAUCAAAGUGCAACUGUAAAGAAGGUUUUACUGGCGAAAGCUGCAGUUGCAUUAUUUCAGAAAAAGAAUGCAAGAAUAACCAACAUGAUUCUAGAGUUUGCAGUGGUCGUGGAGAAUGCAAGUGUGGAAUCUGCACGUGUAAUGAGGGUUACCGUGGUGAAUUCUGUGGGCUAUGUGAAAGUAAAGCUUGUGUUAGAGAUGAGUGUAAGCAAGCAGAGCAGUGUGCUUUGUGUUUGGCAUUUGGUACAGAUGACAUUGAGGACGGCACUAACUGCAGUUUCCACUGUCCUCAAAGUGACACUCUUAGAAUUAUUUCUUCAUCUCUCGAACUUCAUAAAAAUGACACUCCACUGACUUACUGCUCAAGUAGUCUCGAUGAUUGUGAAUACCACUAUUCAGUAUGGGUUGUCGGCAGUGGUGUUCAAGUAGCUAUUGAGUCAGUUUGUCCCCGACCAAAAAAGUCAACGAGUGGCUUGGACUCAACUUUUUGGGUUCUAAUUGGUAUUGCUGGUGGUGUUGUUGCUGCGGCUGUUUUGAUUAUCAUUUUGUGGAAAAUAGUUACAACAUGCAAGGAUGCAGCUGAAUACCGGGAGUUCAAAAGAGAAAAUGAAACUGCAAAGUUCACUCAGACUGAUAAUCCAUUGUACAAGGGGCCGACAACCCAAGUACAGAACCCAACCUAUGAACGUGGUUCUGCUGCUUACUAGAACUAUCAGUAUUAUAUUUGUACGGCUACGAUUACGGUAGAGUAGUCAUGUAGUUACAUCUUACUGACCUGACAUUUUGCGAUCGAGACGUGAGACUAAAGGCCCGUCCACACUGGCAACUGGAUCGCGAUCCGAUCGCGAUCCAACCGCAACGCUGUCCACACUUGCAACUCGAUCGCGAUCGGUUGAUCCAAUUAGAAAUAGUGGGCGUUACCUUCACGUACGCUACGCGUGUAGUCGGAACAUCUAGCACUCCUCACUCGUCUUUGUUCUCGCUCACCUUACGUCGCUGUAUCAACGCUUUCUACAAGCAAAGAAACCACACAUACACACAUCGGUCAUCAGUCACGUGAUAGCGAAAUGAGGCGGAGGUAUCGUUUUCAAAGUGCAGUGUGGAUGCUCGCUAUCCCGAUCGGAUCGCGAUCCAUUCUGGUCUAGUGUGGACAGGCCUUUAACUAAGAAGACAAGGGUGGCCAACACACACACACGUGUACAGGACCAGGAGACACCUUUCAGACAAACACACGUAACUUAGUGUUACAUUAAAAUAUUUACCU